AUGAUUGAUGGAGAUGUGACAAUUAAUGAUAAGGCCCAAAAUCUGUUGGAUAACAGAACCACAAAUCCAAGUGUCUUGGAUGAUGCCUAUAUAUACGCUUGCAAUGCAUAUAUGCCCAUUAUCCACAAUCAAGCAAUACUCUUAUCUUGUGAUCAUUCGUUAGCAAUAGCAAGAAUGAUAUCAGAGCUAGGAAUCGCGAUUUACCUCACAAUGACCAACUUCUGGUUAUGGUGGUGGGAAGUCGACAACCAACAAGACGAGUUUGCUCGCACAUUUCUCACCCUUUUAGUUCCCACGCUCCUACUUUUAUGGUACCAAUGGACAUUUCCCAAUCCCCAAAAGGGAAAGUCAGCGAAUCAGUUGCCACCGGGUCCCUAUGGCUUCCCAGUUUUAGGGUACCUCCCUUUUCUCGGCUCCAACUUGCAUGAAAAAUUCACGGAGAUGGGUCAACGUUAUGGUCCCAUCUUUAGUCUCCACCUCGGAACAAAACUUCACGUCGUGGUGAACUCCAUGGAGCUCGCAAAGGUGGUGGCUCGUGACCAGGAUAAGACCUUAGCUAACCGCAGCCCUCCACUCACAGCUGUCAUCAGCUCUUAUGGUGUCAACAAUAUAUCAUGGUCCAACAACAACGCACAUUGGAGGAACAUGCGUAAGCUUUUAGUCAGCCAAAUGAUGAGCACUGCAAAUAUUAACACUACUCAGAGUCAGAGUCUUCGAACACAUGAAGUGAGGAAGAUGGUGGCUGAUGUUUACGCUAAGCUCGGGCAACAGGUCGACAUUAACGAAAUUGGUUUCAACGCCGCGUUUGAUGUUCUCACAAGGAUGUUAUGGAGUGGUAGCAAACCUGGGGAAGGGAACUUUACAAGCUAUUUAGUUGAAAGGUUUCUGGAAGUUGAGUUCAAGAUUAUAGAGUUACAAGGAGCGCGAAACAUCUCUGAUUUUCUCCCGAUGCUAUCAUGGCUCGAUCUACAGGGAAGGCAGAGAGAAAUGAAGAAGCAAAUGGUUUAUGUUAACCAGAUUUUGGACGAACUUAUCCAAGGAAGAAUCAAAGCCAACUCAUGCAAAGUUGAUGGAGAAGGCGAGGAAGAUCAAAAGGAUUUCUUGCAGAUCUUACUGGAGCUUAAAGAACAGAAAGGUGCUCCGACUUCAUACAACUUUGACCAAAUAAAGGCUCUACUAAUGAACAUUGUGACAGCAGCGACAGUGACAAUAUCGAUCAUGGUAGAAUGGGCGAUGGCGGAGAUUUUGCAUAACGCAGCGGUGAAGAAAAAGAUUGUGGAAGAAUUAACAGAGGUUGUUGGUACGAACAAUAUUGUGGAAGAAUCUCAUCUGACCAAAUUAUCAUAUUUGGAUGCAGCCAUCAAAGAGACCUUAAGGCUACACCCUCCGCUUCCACUGUUAGUCCAUAGAUGCCCAGAUGAAGCUUGCAUAGUAGGCGGGUAUACCAUUCCAAAGGGUACUGUUGUGUAUCUUAAUGUUUGGGCGAUCCAUCGGGAUCCCCAGAACUGGAGCAAUCCAUUGGAGUUUAAGCCUGAGAGGUUCCUGAAUGGAAAGUGGGAUUACAGUGGAAAUAACUUCAAGUAUUUACCAUUUGGAUCGGGGAGAAGAAUGUGCCCUGGAGUCAAUCUGGGGGAGAAGAUGCUGAUGUAUACAGUGGCAUCAUUGUUGCAUUCUUUUGAGUGGAGCUUACCAGAAGGUGAAGAGCUGGAGUUUUCUGAUGAGUAUGGAUUUCUGACUAAGAAGAGGAAGCCGCUGAUGGUUAUACCCUCUCAAAAACUAUCUGAUGCAAGCGUGUAUAUGUAG